AUCAGGUGUUGCUUUGUUCGGUGUUUGCUGCCUAGAAUGUCAGCCAUGCAGAGACGUGUCCGUCCGCCCAGUAAGGCACUGUAAACUCGUAUCGACAUCAGUUUAAUUGCAUUUCAUUCAUUGCUAAGCAGAGAGCUGUACGGCAGAGGCAGCGGGUAAGAGCGCGACACUCGUAAAGGGAGACGAGAGAGUGUCGGUAAUGCUGUGAAGUUUUAUUUCACUUCAAUGCCAGCCGUGGCCGCCCUCCAAACGUGGAAUUGAAGUGAAAAGUAAAAGAGAAAAACAAAAAAUUAACAACGAGGAAUACUAGGGCAUUUGUUUCAUCUGCUUUUGUCCAGAGACUGGCCCUGUGCUACCAGAGACAAUCUGUGAGCAGCAACAACAACAACCACAACCACAACAAUGCCGAGUCGAAGCCCACGCACAUGCCGCCGUCGCAUUAUCCGCACGGCCACAAGUGGAACGAGCCGUACUUUGAUCAGACCAUGCCCAGGAACAUCACAUCGCUGGUGGGCAAGUCCGCAUAUCUGGGCUGUCGCGUCAAGCAUCUGGGCAACAAGACGGUGGCCUGGAUACGACAUCGGGACCUGCACAUACUCACCGUGGGCACCUACACCUAUACGACGGAUCAGCGCUUCCAGACCUCCUAUCAUCGGGACAUCGACGAGUGGACACUGCAGAUCAAGUAUGCCCAGCAGAGGGAUGUCGGCAUCUACGAGUGCCAGAUAUCGACGCAGCCAGUGCGUAGCUAUUCGGUCAACCUGAACAUUGUGGAUCUGAUUGAUGCCGAGACCAGCAACAUGAUGCAGCAGUACUACAACGACGACGCCUUCUAUAUAGCCGCCGAUCGGGUCUAUCAAUCCAGCGAUGACGAGUUCGCGGGCAUGUUUGGGCCCAUCCAGACAGUAGCCGUGCCAACGGCCACCAUUCUGGGAGGACCCGAUCUGUACGUGGACAAGGGCAGCACCAUAAAUCUUACAUGCAUCAUCAAGUUCAGCCCAGAGCCGCCGACCCAUAUCUUUUGGUAUCACCAGGACAAGGUGCUUAGCGAGGAGACUGGCGGAGGACGUCUGAAAUUCAAGACCAUCAAAUCGGAGGAGACCAAAUCCAUUCUGCUCAUUUACGAUGCGGACCUGCUCCACUCGGGAAAGUACUCCUGUUAUCCAUCCAACUCGGAGAUAGCCAGCAUACGCGUCCAUGUCCUGCAGGGCGAACGCCCCGAGGCCAUGCAAACGAAUGCGGCGCCGGCCGCCGUCGCCCUGGCCUGCUGGUCCUGCCACACGGCCCAGGCCACUCAGGCGGUCAAAGUAAUUAGCACAAUGGUCGCGGCAUUUGUAUUGUUGGAGGCAUGCUCCUCGCUGCUGCUCCAGGGCGGAGGUGGACCAGGUGCUGCCGGCGGAGGAGGUCGUGCCAAGGAGAGACCCGGCCGCGACCCAGAGUUUCCGAGCACAGGCUGCUGCCCCGCUGGUGCUGGCCAGGAGAAUGCCAUUCCCAUGAUGACGCCCGCCGGCGGCCCUGUCAAUAGUGGCAGCAGGAAUGCACGGUGAUAAAUUAAUGUCGCUCCGUUGGAAUUCCACCGCCAAUGCAGCAGCGCCCGCCCCUAAAUGAGGCAGAGAGCUGCAGCAGAAAUGAUUUAUAGCAGCCACAGCAGGGGCCGGCAGGAGCAGCAGAAGGAGCCGUUUUCCGUUUCCCUCGAAAGUUCUUCAGAGUUGAGCUGCAUGUAAUACCUUUAAGAACGACACAAAAAACCCCCCCCACUAAUUAUGCUAAUGAUGAAAAGAUGUUGCAACUGCUUCUUCUCCUGCUCCUGCGGCUCCUGCUCCUCCUAAGUUGUAAGUAAGAGUGUUUCUAAUUAAGUGUGCAAGGAUCUAGUUAGCCGAGCAGGACAUUUUUUUUGGCUGGGCCGCAGCCUUGUACAUAAGACCCGGGCUAAAGCUUGGCUAAACGCAGAGACCAUUUGAACGAAUCAUCAAAAUUAUAUGGCCAGCUUAUACUAGAGCUAGGUUCCGGUUCCGGUUCAGGUUCCGGUUCAGGUUCAGGUUCGGACGCGGGUUCAGGUGCAGUUCAGCCCAGUUUGUUCAAGGAAUACUACACAUACUAGACACUAGAUACUACCUAUACAUAGAGACAUUAUUGCGUAGCGAAAACUUUACUCAGAUUGUUGUAAAUACUAAAGGGAUUUCUUGUGUUUCUUGGGUGUACCCUGUAUAGCGUAGACGUAGUCCUUAAGCAGUGUAAAUAGUUAGGAAUACAAUACCAUACAAUACAAUACAAUACAAUACAAUAGAAUAUUUUUAUGUGGACUUUGUCAGAGGUUCCUAAACUACAAUUUUUUGUCUUUUUUUUUUUUAGAAUUUUCGUAAGUUAGGCAAAUGUACGGACACUCGGAGAAGAGUUUUCCGUUUGGGGCAUUCUUUGGCUUUUUUAAUAAUCUAUGGGGACAUCAAAAUUGUAUGGGAAAUUCCUGCCAAAAGCUAGCUUCACUUUGAAGUAGGACCUUCCGAGGCUAACAAUUUAUUUAAGAGUUUUCCUACGGCCAAGGAUAUGCAGGGACUCGUUCGGGCUAGUGCCAGUCAUGUGGGAAGUUCUUGUUCCCGUUACCAAUUCCUGCAAUGGGUUCCUUGCCCUUCUCCACUGCUCCACCCCUCCCCCACUCCACCACGCUCUGUCGUCGUCUUGGCCAACUCCAGCAAUAUUUAGAGCUUCUAUUUCAGCAUGUCCGGUUGCAUAUUCUCAGCCCCUGCCCGAGCUGCCGAGUCACUGCCGCCGAGCACUCUUGUCGGUUGAAUAUUUGCAUUUCCAUUUCUUGAAGGAGCGAGUAAGUGACUGGCUGAGUGAGUGAGUCCCCUUCAUGCCUGUGUAUGUGUUGUAUGUACGUGUGGCCCACAUUUAAAAGUCCACUAAAGGCCACUGUGACACUGCUCGGCCACCAUUCAUUGAGGAGUCAUGGCCCGAAAACGGAAACGGGCCCGAAUUUAUCCGAUCAAAAUUGUAAAUAACAUGCAUAUACCAUAUAUGAAUAAACUAUAAACCUGUACUCAACAAUUUAUGUGGUAGUCAUACAUACACACAUACACACACACCAACACACACCAACACACACACCAACACACACACUAUAUAUACAGAUAAUGCAUUCAUAUAUAGUACAUAUAUGUAAUACGUAUAUACAUAUAUAUGAAUAUUAAUAAUGUUAACCGAACGCAUGCAAAAUUAGUCGCGACAUGUAAAUGAAUGUUUAAUGGGUAAAAUUAAUGUUGCUAUAAACGGGACAGCGGAAUAUACCAUACAAAAUAAUUGCAAUUAAGCAAAUAAAAUAAUGUUUAAGUGUAAAACUAGCCAGUAAUAAACACACACACACACACACACACACACACACACACA